UCAUUCCCAAAGACUCAAAAAAAAACUCUCUUAAGUUUUACUAAAAGCAAUUAAAAAAAAAACUCACUCUUUAUGAAAUUCCAUGCUAAUUAGCCACUUCUCUCUCUAUCUCACCCAAGCUGACCCCACCAUUUUCUUUUCUUUAUUUCUUCAUGUUUUGUGUAAAUCACACUCCAUUUCUGGGGUUUCUUUAACUCUUUAACACACUGCUUGGUUCUAUUUUUUUUUUCUUUUUUUUUGUAAAGCUGUUAGCUUUUUGAUUGGGAGCUUUGUGGGUAGUUUUUAUUAUCCAAAAGUAUGAAUAAUUCUGAUCAGGAGAAGCAAAAUCAGAGUUCUAGUUCUGGCAUGGAGGAUUCCACUGCAAUGACUAUAGAAUUCCUCAGGGCAAGGCUGCUGUCUGAAAGGUCUGCAUCAAGAACUUGGAGACAAAGAGCUGAUGAACUAGCAAAGAGGGUAGCAGAGCUCGAGGAACAUCUAAGAAUUGUAUCUCGUCAAAGAAUGAAGGCGGAGAAGGCAACAGCAGAUGUUCUUGCUAUUCUGGAGGAUAAUGGGGUUAGUGAUUUUUCUGAGACAGUUGAUUCAAGUUCUGAUCAGGAUACCCCUUGUGAAUCUAAAGUGGGUUAUAGGUCAUCGAAAGAAGAAGAAAAUUCUGUUAAUUCAAAAGUAAAAAACAAUGAGUCGGAAGAAUUUUCAGGCUCCGAUCGUGAUUCUUCUUUGCUACAUGGUAGAAGCUUGUCUUGGAAAGGUCGCAAGGGUAGUUCACGUUCUCUUGAAAAAUUCAAAGAUCCAUCAUUAGGUAGACGGAGUAGUUUUGCAUCUGUUGAUUCUUCCCCAAAACAACGUCCGGGCAAGUCUUGCCGCCAAAGAAGACGCAACGAAUCUAGAUCUGUAGCAGAGGAAUACAAAGCCAACCCUGUAAAACAUGAUUCUCUAGAAGAUGAAGCUGUUGCAACUUCAGAAAAUUUUCCAAAUUGCUCAGAUUUUGAGCCUAAAACAGGAGAAGACAAAAUGAUGUUGGAGGAUACACAUUCAGAAUGCGCAGGAGCUGAAUACAAUGCAUGUAAUACUGGCCUUGACUAUAAUGUGUAUAGAGAAGACAGAGACAUAGAGAAGACUCUUGAGCACCAGGCACAACUCAUCGGCCAAUAUGAAGCAAUGGAAAACACUCAAAGAGAAUGGGAAGAGAAAUUCAGAGAAAAUAGCAGCAGUACACCGGAUUCUUGUGAUCCCGGAAAUCACUCAGAUAUUCACGAUUCUUGUGAUCCCGGCAACCACUCAGAUAUUACCGAGGAAAGAUAUGAGAUCAGGGCACCAGCUAGAGACCCUGCUAUGCCAAAUGGCUUCCAAACUCAAGAGAAGACGUCAGAAGUCGAAGAUUUAUCCAAAAACCAGUCCAAUGGUUUUCCACCAUCCUCUCAUGUUGAUGCAGUAUUCUUGGAGAAACAAAAAAGUGCUAGCAGGCCUGAUUCUGAGUUGUCCACUCAAGAUUCUGCAUUCCCCGUGUCCAAGGAAAAGCCAAAUAAAGAGAGCCCUGGGAGAAACUCUCAUUCAUCGUUUCAGAUUCCCCACCAUGAUUCAGCUUCACUUUGCUCGCAAUAUUCCCUCGGGAACCAAGCUGCGGACUUACCUUCAAAUGCAGAUAGUAGUUCCAACAAAGGGAAAACUGCUUCUGGAAGCGAUAAUGAACUUUAUGCAUUGGUUCCACACACAGCAUCUGAUGGUUUGGGCAGUGUGCUUGAGGCGCUUAAAGAAGCAAGGCAAUCACUCCAACAGAAAAUCAAGAGAUUGCCACCAGUUGCCGAAUCUGUUAGAAAAUCUGUUGAACCUUGUUUUCCUGUUUCAAUCCCAGGGGAUAAGGUUCAGGUUCCUAUUGGAUGUGUUGGACUUUUCAGGUUGCCAACUGACUUUUCAGUGGAAGGAAAUACUCGAUCUGAUUUACUUAGUUCAAGUGCUCGUUUCAGUUUGGGAAAUCAUUACUCUAACAGCUUAGUUCCAGUAACAGCCAAUAAUCAUUUUGUCUCAAGUCCGUACUCGGAGAGCAGGCCACAUUUGUCUACGGAGAGUCAGCUUGUUGCCAGCCAAUAUGUCGGAGGUGGGUCAAGAAUUUCCUCACCAAAACCAUAUUUUGACCCUUACUUGGAUACGGGGUUACCUUCUUCAAGUAGAUACAGUUAUCCCAAUUUUCCGAUCAAUACCUCGUAUCCUGAUUUGAUGCCGCGGAUGCCCAGUAGAGAAGCAUUCCUAACAUCUAAUCUGGGCAGAACUGUUGGUUCUUCUACAUCAGCGUUCAUUGAUGAUAAUAAUAGACCGAACAUUUAUCGAUAGUAGAUCAGUUUGUUAGGUUAUGCAGCUAGCCAGAUUUGUCGAUGCUUCGGAAAUAGAUCAUUUUGUAGUAUAGAGGUGAAUGUUAGAACCCAUGGAAGGGGCAUGUAUUUGUAUUACUUGUAUGUUGUAUUACUCUGUUGUAAGAUGGGUUCUGUAAAGAGAGAUGAUUACUUGUAGGUUAUAA